AUUGCUUUUUAAUAAACGUAAUCCACACGAGUUGGCAGCACCUGCUAUAGGAAACUUAGAACUUUAUUGCUAAACGAUGUCGGAGAAAGAAAACAUCCUCAACAACACCGCAGGUGGUUCCCCCGCGGAAGACGACAAGCAGCAGGAGAAAGAUCAGGAGAAGGACAAGCAGGAAGAGCCGGCAAAGAAAAAAUCUGAAAUCUGUUCUUCACCGCCACCAAAGCGCAUGCGAGUCGACGAUCCGGCCCGCGGAGAGAUGGCUCGGCUGUUCGUCGAGUUGGAGGUACAACAGGCAGAGCUGGAAUUGAGCGGUAGUGACUGCGACUCAGGGAAUCUUGGUGGCGCUGGCGGCAGCAAUUCCACUAAGACCCAACUGGAGUCCCAAGAGUUGGAUGUACAACAGGCAGAGCUGGAAUUGAGCGCUAGUGACUGCGACUCAGGGAAUCUUGGUGGCGCUGGCGGCAGCAAUUCCACUAAGACCCAACUGGAGUCCCAAGAGUUGGAUGUACAACAGGCAGAGCUGGAAUUGAGCGCUAGUGGCUGCGACUCAGGGAAUCUUGGUGGCGCUGGCGGCAGCAAUUCCACUAAGACCCAACUGGAGUCCCAAGAGUUGGAUGUACAACAGGCAGAGCUGGAAUUGAGCGCUAGUGCCUGCGACUCAGGGAAUCUUGGUGGCGCUGGCGGCAGCAAUUCCACAAAGACCCAACUGGAGUCCCAAGAGAAAGAGCAGGAUCAGGAAAAGGAGGAGGAGGAAGAAAAAGAGCAGAAGGAUGAAGAGCAGCAGGAGGACGAGAUGGAGGAGGACGAGAUGGAGGAGGACGAGAUGGAGGAGGAAGAGGAGGAGGAUGAAGAGCAGGAAGAAGAAGAGGAGGAGGAGGAAGAGCUCGACGAGGAUGAGCAGGACGAGGAUGAGCAGGAGGAGGGAGAGCCGACAAAGAAAAAACCCAAGGAGGCCGGUUCGACGCCGUCACCAAAGCACAUGGGUGCCGCCUAGGAAUGCUCGGUUGGUCCGCUGUACAGCUACAUGUUUGGUGACACGGUUUACUUCAUCGUCACCUGGAAGGGAUCCCAGUAGGGGAAGCCGUGCCUGUUGAGCAGAUCAAACAUGUGCACGACAAGCUACUCAUUGACUUCAUUACGAGCUUGAAGCUACAGGACUAAAAAACUCCGAAGCCCAAAAAUUUAUAAAAUAAAUAGAGCGAUCUCCCAGCCAUCAUUAAAAUACUUUGAAUCAGAUCACAAUAUAUAACUCAAAUUACUUCUUUUUUUUUGGUAUUUAUCUUGUAACACAAAAAAAAAAAAAACACGCUUCAAAAUAAAAACUGAAUUCGCUGGUAUACAGUAUA